ACGAGCGUUUCUAACUUUUUGGGGGGACAACCAGUUGGACCUCCAGCUUAAGUUUUUAGUUCAUUUCAACCGUGUUUUUCUGGCCAUAUAUUUUUAAACACAUACCACCCUAACGUCUACCUUAUUUGACAUCGUGUAACACCUGGAACUCCUCAGCUUUGCUUUCUUUCUGAUCUAAAACUCGAUUUUGUUCAUGUGACGGACCUUUAUCCAGCCUGUGUGACAACCAGCAACCCCAGAAAGAGGAACACACACGACAGAAAAGUCAAGCUGAAACAUACAGUCUGCACGUUGACAUCAGCCAUCUCAAAACACACAAAGCUCCUGAGAAAUACUGAACCAGCCUUAUUUACAGGCAACAACCAGCAGACAAAUUAACCAGACUAAACUGCAGCCAUGUUGAUCGUCUUAGCCUUCAUCAUCCUCUUCCAUCUGGCUGCAGCCAUCCUCCUCUUCGUUGCAACCAUCCAUAAUGCGUGGUGGGUGGUGUCGCCACCAGGAAUGGAUUCGAUCUACGCUGACCUGUGGUACAACUGUAACGCCACCUGCUACCCUGUGGAGAGCAGCCACAGUGCUGAUGCAGCCUAUCUGCAGACUGUCCAGGCCACCAUGAUUCUAGCCACCAUUUUGUGCUGCGUCAGCUUCUUUGUCUUCAUUCUUCAGCUCUUCAGGCUCAACCAGGGAGAGAGAUUCAUUUUCACCUCCAUUAUCCAGCUAAUGGCCUCUUUAUGUGUGAUGAUUGGAGCCUCCGUCUACACGGCUCAGAAACACAGCUUCCAUGUGGCCAGCCUCCAGCAAGGCUCCUACGGUUCCUCUUACAUCCUGGCCUGGAUCAGCUUCCCCAUGACUCUCAUCAGUGGCCUCAUGUACUUGGUGCUGAGAAAACGCAAAUAGAUGCACUGGGCUUGAAUUGUAUUGAGAAGACAUGGACAUAAAUGUAGGAGACUUACAGUUUACGCUUCAUUAAGUCAUGCAUCUCUCCAUAACUCUUUAAUUUUAUACCAUCAGAGGUAAAGAUCCACCAGGCAAAUGAGCAAUAAUUUCACAUCUCAGGUUUAGAACAAGACAAUAAAGCUUUCAAAGAAUGCAUUUUUAGUCCUCUUAACUUACUUAUAACCUCAAAUAUGGUAAGAUUUGUCUUACUGAGACACACCCCCUGGACUUCCUAAAGGGUCCAUAUGUUAUUUGUGAAGCUAUAGCCAAUAGAAUUCCUUGUGUACAUAUUUGCUUAGUAUGUAUAGUUCAGUCAAUUGAAACACAACUAUUUCCAAGACUAAAAAUGAUAAGUAAAACAAAAGAAAAAAUAUUUUAUGUUAGCAAUAGCAUGUAGGAAGGAAGUGUAGUGAAGUAUAUGUAGGAAUUUAACUUGUUUGUAGUUUUGUGUUACUGACUUGUGUUUUAAUGGUGAAAAAGGAACCAAUGAUGUGCUGUGAUAUUUCAGAGGACAACGUAGAAACAUGCAAACUUGAAAUAAGAAUUAAUAUUUCUUUGUUUUUGUAGUGCUUUUUAUCAUUCAAGGCUUCAGUAAGAAAAAAAAAAAACUAAAGAUAUUUAUUGUUUAAAACCACUGUUGUGUAUUUUAGCUUAAUGUGACUAAGGUUGUAUGAAAUAAUGGCUCAGCUUUCUGUUCAUAUGUCCCAUUUUAAAGCACUCCUUUGGAUUAUAAUCCCUCUUGGUUUUGCCAUUUAACAGUAAAGUAACAACUAUAUUGUAUCUGCUACCCAGUUUCCAUCAUGAUCUUAAUCUGUAGCCUUUGAGAUGGCAAUGUUUGAUGUCAAAAUAACAGUACUAAAAAGGUUUUGAUUAGCAUUGUCAAGACUUUUAAUGGACAAUUAAAGAAGAAAGACCUAUUUGUUGGCUCGUUAAGGUAUUCACUGGUUUGUAUUAAGAUAAGAGAAAGGCCAGGCUGCCACCCUGCUAUCUCACACAUAGCAAAACUUCAGGGAAAAUGCAUGAAAUUGGGGGUUUUGCUCUGCCACCUCAAGGUGAUACUUGAAAAUUAUCAAAACAAGAUACUAGAGGCCAAGAUUGUUAUGUUAGUGGUGCAUAUGUUUUUGUAAAACGUUGUCAUCUUUAGUGUUGCUUUGAUUAUAAGAUUGCAUGCAAGUUUUGGUCCUGCCAACCCCCUAAUCUUAAAUUAAAAUGAAAAGUAAGUUUAUGCAAAAGAGAUUUUUUUAGAAAUCACAUAGCAUUUUUAAAUUCUUAAAAGAGGAAAAAUACUAUAUAUUGAUGUUUUAAGCACUGCUUCCUCAAAGAAGAAAGAUGUAAACUAGACAUGACUUUUAAGAGUUGAUACAGCCAAGGUAAUCUUUAUUUGGAAUUUUAAAAUGUAAUUUUGUUGUUUGUUUUUUAAUGUUAAGUAGAUGUACUGUAUCUUUAGAUCAAUAUGAAUAACCACAGGACAAGAUAAGCAGUGAAUUGCCUUACCUGUUGAAGCAAAUUAAAUGUGUUUGGGAAGUUUCUGAAGUUGAGAUAUUUUCUAAUAUAUACUAAAGUAUUAAUUCAACAUUGAUCAAGGGUCUUGUGUUGCUUUAUUGUCAAGUUGAUGUUCAGAAAUUUAACCAAAUCUUUUAUUUUCAAGAAUAGGAGUCAUCUUAAAAGUUAAUUUGUGACAAAUGUUUGUGUGUAUUAGGAAAAAUAAAGUACUCUUUGUGUUUUCAAGGGCUGCUUUUUUACUAGUUGGGCAAAUUUUAUCACAAUAUUCAAUUGAUUAAAACCUUAAUAGCAACAUCAAGUGAAGUUCUGUGGUAUUUAAUAUAUUAUUGUGUCCUAAUGUGGUCAGAUAUGAUCAAUGUGAUAUGUUUAUCCACUGUCGACACCUAGUGGACAUAAAAUAAAAUACAUAAUGUGUAUGUGAUAGUUUUCUCCCCAGUUUUCUUGGUCUCACACUGCUCCAUUCAAACUCUUUGGAAAGAAUAAACCUGAGUGAAUCCUGCUUAUAAAAUGUAAGAGCAAACGAUCAGAUAACCUCCCAACAUUUGUAUUUCUUUACAGGUGCUUAUUUUUCCUGUAGCCUCUACUCAGCAGAUG